ACACAAACCACCAAUUAAAUUUAACUAACUAUACAAAAGGCAACUGUGGAGCAUUCUUAGCUACCCCAAGUCCUAGAACCCACAAAUGAUACCUUCUCUUUUUAGCCUUUUAGGUUAAUAGUUACUCCCUCUGUCCCAUUAUUUGUUGGAUCACAUGAAAGAGUGUCACUGAAAUAAAGAAAAGUAAGAUUGUGUGGUCGAUAUUGAUGUUAAGAAGUAAGACAGAAUAUGAAAUAAUGUGAACCACAAAAAUAUUACCAAAUAUGGUAUGAGAGUAGUAGUGGGACGGAGGGAAUAUAAUUUUGCUGCAUUCGAUCAGAUAUUUGCUUUCACUUUAUGCCAUAUAUUGCAGAAGUUGCUGGUAUUUCUUUGUCCAAAAUGUCCUGAGAUGUGUCAAAGCAUUGAUAAAGCAACUUUGUUUGUGCUUGUUACUUCACAGAGGAGGAGAUUCUGCUCCUGCACUCAAAAGUUGAUCUCGUUGUAACUUUGGGUGGAGAUGGGACUGUCCUUUGGGCAGCAUCAAUGUUCAAAGGUCCGGUCCCACCUGUUGUUUCAUUUUCCCUAGGCUCUCUGGGCUUCAUGACCCCUUUCCAUAGUGAACAAUAUAAACAAUACCUGACUUCAAUUCUUCGUGGUCCCAUUAACAUCACAUUAAGGCAUCGACUGCAAUGCCAUGUGAUCCGAGAUACUGCUAAAAAUGAAUUUGAAACUGAAGGGCAUGUUCUUGUUCUCAAUGAGGUUACGAUUGACCGUGGAAUUUCAUCGUUUCUCACAAACCUAGAAUGUUAUUGUGAUAACUCAUUUGUCACUUGUGUCCAAGGGGAUGGCUUGAUUUUAUCUACAACAUCUGGGAGUACUGCUUAUUCACUUGCAGCAGGGGGGUCUAUGGUGCAUCCUCAGGUUCCUGGCAUCCUUUUCACACCAAUCUGUCCGCACUCCCUAUCGUUCAGACCACUGAUCUUACCCGAGCAUGUGACCCUCCGAGUGGUAGUGCCAUUUAACAGCCGGGGUCAUGCGUGGGCAUCGUUUGACGGUAAAGACAGAAAACAACUUGCACCUGGGGAUGCACUUAUAUGCAGCAUGGCGCCUUGGCCAGUUCCAACUGCUUGUGAAGCUAACUCCACCACCGACUUCUUGCACAGUAUCCACAAUGGCCUUCAUUGGAAUGUGAGGAAGACUCAAUCUUUUGAUGGCCCACGAGAAUCGUGAAGCCAGCGUUUUCUUUCAUUGUGAAGUAGCUGAAAUAGGAUUCUACCUGCAUAGUGUACUUCAAGUAUGACACUAACCAUUUUCAAAGAGGACCACCUUAAUUUGUAAUGUACGUAGUCGCCAUAUCUUAUUAGGUAACUUUUCUUUUCUGUAUCUGCUCCACCGUACCAUUUUCCGUUGCAUAUUAUUGACAAGUAUUUACUGAGUACUCUUUGAAUUGGGAUACUCAAGAGACUUCGAUUGUGUGGAUGUUGCAAAAAGAAUUUGAGCUUUAACCAGAUACAUUCUCCCCUUAAUUCCAUGACAAAAAUUCAAUUGUCAAACAAAAACUCUCUCUCUCUAAUCAUGAGUCAUAUAAGCUCUCUUCUUUUGGAUUACGAAAACAGAACUUAGAUGUCGGAAGAAAUUGGAAUGAUGUUA